AAAAGCUCUCUCUUUAUCUCUCCUCCUUUUUCGCAAUUCUUCUUUCUUCCUUCGCUUUUUUUUGUCACUCUUCUCUUCAUUUCAGGUGUUGGGUUUCUGAUUUUCCGACGAGGAAGAGCAAGGGAAGAUUAAAAGAACAAUCUUUCUAUGAUGGGUUGUUUCGGCCGCAGUGAGAAACCGAGCAAACGAUCGGAGACCAACAAAGGGAGAAACAAGGAUACUCUGAGAAAUAAGAACACCAUCGGCUGUAGCAGCAUCACUAACAAGCGAGAUGAUCAGACUCACCCCUGUUCAGAUUCGUUAAAAGUCAGUCCAUAUCGAGAUGUAAACAAUGGAGUUGGUAAGGCGGAGGAUCAGCUAGCUCUUGACGCGAAGCGUUUGAAUCUAAAUAACCAAGCCACGGGGAAGAAACCACAGACUUUUACAUUCCAAGAACUUGCAGCUGCCACAGGGAACUUCAGUUCGGAUUGUUUUCUUGGCGAAGGAGGGUUUGGCAAAGUUUUCAAGGGAAAACUCGAGAAACUCGAUCAGGUUGUUGCUAUCAAGCAACUCGACCGUAACGGGCCUCAAGGAAUCAGGGAGUUUGUGGUUGAGGUAUUGACAUUAAGUCUUGCUGACCAUCCCAACCUCGUGAAGCUUAUAGGGUUUUGCGCUGAGGGUGAUCAGAGACUAUUGGUCUACGAGUACAUGCCUCUAGGAUCUCUUGAAGACCAUCUACACGAUCUCCCUCCUGGUCAAAAACCACUUGACUGGAACACUCGGAUGAAAAUAGCAGCUGGUGCAGCAAGAGGUCUGGAGUAUCUUCACGAUAGAAUGAAGCCACCUGUGAUCUACCGGGACCUCAAGUGCUCGAAUAUCUUGCUUGGUGAAGACUACCAACCAAAGCUAUCAGACUUUGGGCUGGCGAAAGUUGGACCAAGCGGGGAUAAAACACAUGUCUCCACAAGGGUUAUGGGAACGUACGGAUACUGUGCUCCUGACUACGCUAUGACGGGGCAGCUCACGUUUAAAUCCGAUAUAUACAGUUUUGGAGUAGUCCUUCUGGAGCUUAUCACUGGAAGGAAAGCAAUUGAUACUACAAAACCGCGUAAAGAUCAGAACUUGGUCGGAUGGGCACGACCGUUGUUUAAAGACAGGAGGAACUUCCCGAAAAUGGUUGACCCGCAGCUUCAGGGACAAUACCCUGGGAGAGGAUUGUACCAAGCACUUGCAAUAUCAGCAAUGUGUGUUCAAGAGCAGCCGAGCAUGAGGCCUGUUGUAUCCGAUGUAGUGUCGGCUCUCAACUUCUUAGCCUCUUCUAAAUAUGAUCCAACCAGCCCUAGCAGCAGCAGCAGCAGGAGGAGGAACACUUAUAGAGAUGAUGAAGAGAAAAGACGGGACCUCUCGAAAGAAACAGAAUCUGAAGGAAAUCAAAUCAAGUUUUUGGCUUCACCAAGACAAAUGGUGGACACAUGCAUGUAUAAAAAUACAAAACAGUAAGAUUUUUAACAUCUCUAUUGUUUGGAUCUACACCUUGACUCGGCUUCUGUUGUAUGUGUAUAUAGCAUGAGUCUAUAGAACAAACAAUUUUUACUAUGAAACCAAAAACAAAAAGAUAUACACUUUGCAAGUUCUCCCGCGCAAAGCCGUUAGAGAGCUGAACGAAUAACCAUUUCGCUAUGCCCGGUGAGUUUUCAAGGGAUACGGAGUUUGCGGUUUAUAAUGCAAAAAAUAAACACCAAACAUGGUUUUACAGAAACUUGCAUAUAGCUACCGAACAAACAUUUUCUACUGCCAGACAUAAUCAAUAAACCAGUUCCAAAGGACAAAUAUCAAUUAUUCUUCGUCUUCUUGAAUGCUAUUUGUUACUAAUUAACCCCUAAUGCGAAUUGGCUCAAAAGCUUGCUGCUCGGUUGACAAAAGAAG